GACGAGCGAAACAAAACGAAAAAUCCCAAACAUUUCACUUGUUAAAUAAAUCUAUAUACAUAACUGCACAGCAGUCCAAUUAGGCUAAAAGCGUAUCAAGGUAAUCGAAUCAAAUUGUCAAACGCCAAGAAACGCGCACAGCUCGUUGACGGCGCGCGCGUUUUGGGAAAAAACGCGUUGCGUUCUUUUCAUUUUGCUGUAUGUGAGAGACUUCUUCGACACAACACACAAACAUACACAUACACACACACACACAUCGCCAGCAACAGCAACGAAAACGACGGUCGGUCCGAGACGAGGCGAGUGAAAGUGUCUCCACCACGGAAGUGCAUCUGUGAUUUGUAUAAUAAUGCGUCGCGCAUACUCAAAUUUUUGUUACGCGAAAGCCCUGGCUGCGUUUUAGCCCAAUUGACGUAGUGGCUUAAUGUUUCAGAGUGUGACAAAAAGAAAAAAUAAAUAAAUAAAAAUAAGAUAUAUACAAAAAUAUCUAAAAAUUUCGUAAAUCAAAUAAAUAAAGAUGGCUGAACAAGUGGAGAAGGCAUUGACGUACAUCAAGGCAAUGCCCGUUUCCACAACGUUACAGGUGCCAGACGCAGAUGCAGCAGCGGCAGCUGCAACAGCAACAAAAACUUGCAUGAACUGUUGCAGCCACGAGGACGAUGCCCGUCCCAGUUGCAGCGGGAUCAGCAGUAAGCCCAAGGGGGCCAAAGCCAAAACCCGUGCCAGCAGCAUCGACGCGAGUGUUGUGGCUGCUGCCGAGGCUGUUGUCAAUGGUGAAUUGGAUGCCGCCUCUUGCUAUCAUGUGAGCAUGAAAAUGUCCAUUGAUGCAGCCACACCGCGCAUUUGUGGCGACACAAUUCCACUGAAAUGUGAUGCAUUGGCAGCAAUGCGAGAGGCGCUUAGCGCCAACAAACCAUUGCCCCUCCAAUCUAAACAACAAGCGGGCAAAAGCAAUAGCAGCUGCAAACCAAGCCCACCACCACCGUGUCAGCUGUUGGAGCGUCUCAAUUUUCCCGAAGGCAACAUCAUAAAUACGCUGCACACGAUAUUGGCGCUGCCGCCGUUUGAUCCUUACGCGCCAGCGCCCAAAUCGGAUGUGGUCUACAAGGAGGUUGUUUCGCUAAUGCAAUGGAGCCUGCGCGAAGACAAUGUCAUUGAAAUGGAGCUAAGCGAUAAGCUGCUGCACGAAUGUAAGCCGAAAAGCAAGGAUCCAAACGAUGAGACGCGCUCGUAUUUGAUGGCCAUUGAGAAUAUGCGUUUAUUCUCGGAGGAUCCAAAGAAUCCAUUAAGGGAUGCCGACGGACAGCUGCGUGCAAUUACGCUUUAUUUUCAGAAUCUUGCCUUGAUAUUUGUGAAACAUCGAAAGGAGGAGUUCUUCACAUUUUGUUCCUGCAAGGAAUGUCUCGAAUAUCGCGAAACAAUCAUGGCCAUUAUGAUGGAUCAAUUCAAGGCUGCCCACAUGGUCGUCAUGUUGCUCGACGUGCUAAUUAAGGCAUACAGCCCAAUGUUAAAAAACGAUGCUGCCUACAACAAAUUUGAGAAGCUAUUGGAGUCCAAUAAGCAAAUCUAUUGGAUUACAAGCGGAUUUCUCUACGAUAAAAAUGCCGAAUAUCUUGAUUUUAUUGAUGAUACUGCGAUCUCUGAUAAUAUGAUAUUAGUGCUAUUCAGCGCCAUACUGAUGGCCAAUAAUCCAAUGCUGCUGCUACAAAUACUCGCCUAUAAUGUUGAGUGCAUUGUCAAGGCAUUUUCCGAGGGCAUGAUCGAAAUUGCUCAAAAUGUGCAGGAGAACGAAAAGAUAUCUGCCGAAAAGAUGCUCACAUAUUUACUGGACGGCUACUCCGAUUUGAACUGCAUCUCACAGAAGAUUUCGCUAAGUCUGUUCGCUUUUGAGAAUGAUUUUCUGCGCAAGUUCAAGCUCUCUUGGGUGCUACUGUGCCAGCGUCUCUUUCAGCAACAUGUGUUCAAUCCGCUGGGCGAUACCAUGCUCGCAUGCAUAUUGUCGCUGAAGGAGGGCGAAAGCUCGACACAGACAACGGCGCUAAUAAAACGCUAUAUGCUAUUUGAUGAGCAUAUGCACUCCAUUGAGCGCCGCUGGACGGACAUUUGGAUGGAGCUAAACAAGUUCAACUUGUCGCCCACGGAGCAUGAUCGUCGCAUGGGCCUACUCGAUGUGUAUAACAUAUUUGAUAAGGUCGUCAUGGAUGCCACCUCUUUCUCGCUGCCGGAUAUCAGUGAUGAUGAGUUCAUAGAUUUUCAGCGUAUUGUCGAUCGUCAGCUGGCUUGGAAGAAUAUAAUGGCAUUCACCAAGCUCAAAUGGCCAGACGGUUUCUACGAUCCGCCCAAUAAGCUGGUGCACGAGGACCUAUGCAAAAAGUGUAAUGCAAUGCUGGAACACCAUAACGAGAACUGCAAAUGCAUCACUUGCUCCAUUGCUGGUACGCCUCUAAUGCCGCGACAAGCCGGCCAUUGUGCCAAGUGCACAACACUCGGCAUUGUUGAGAAAGACGCCAAGCUAAUGAAAUCGAAAAUACUGAGCACCUGCACCAGCGAUGAGGCCAAACACCAUAUGGCAGCUAGCACAAGCGCCGCAGCAGCAGCGGCAGCAGCUGCACAGCAGCGUAAUCAGCUAGAGGGUGUUGGAGCUGCCACCAAGGAGGAAUCCAGUGGUGUGACAUUGCGACGUCAGGAGAUGGAUACCGCUUUGCGCACCACAUACCACGUUGCAUGGGCUGUGUUUCAACAUUUAGCUACACGCAAACGCUAUCGCUAUGACACCGUCGAGCCGCAAUACUUUUGCGGCGAAAACUGCCGAGUAUCCGCUUGCCAGCUGGCGCGCAAGAUCCUUGCCAAUGAAUUGUCGCCGCCGCUGACUAAGCAUUUGUUGCGUUGCUUCCAGCCGCUGUCAUUUUCGCGAGAGGAGCUACGCACCACGCUGCCAUCGCUGAUGUUCUUCAAUCGCAAGCUGGCGCCUAGUCCCGCCGAGCUGCAGGAACUGAAGAACCAGCACUAUGUCUACAAGACCUACUGGACCUUCGUACUGUCCAUCUAUGCCAAUUUCUUUGUCAAGUUCAAUUCGACGGCAACGGACUUCAAGCAUCUAGAGCUGCUCAAGGGCGAUUUGCGAUUGCGGCCAAAUAGCGUUGUUGGCGACAAGGACGAUGGACGCUUUGAGCAGUUCUUGGCUCAGGUCAUCGGCUAUUCGCCCUUCAAGAUUACGGAUGACUUCACACUCGGUGACGCCAACAUCGACAAAAUGCAAUUUGGUGUGGAUCAUCUGAUGAAGCUGCACGACUCGCAAAUGAUAAAACGUGGCAAGCCGGAUAGCACCACGAGCAUUGGAUCUGGCAAGUCAAAGGUGAAUGAAACGACGCAAACGGGCGCCGGCAACGACUCGAAUAACUCCAAAAAGUGCAAGGAAAAGAUGCGCAAAUGCUGUGCGGACUACGCGGACAUCGGCGAGCCCUGCAAGGAGAACCACUCAAAGAAGCGUGUUAAAAAAGAAUGCAAUCAUGCUCGGUUUAAUGAGACGCGCGAUCGCUUACGCAAAAAACUGACACAGAUUGUCAACGAUCGCAAGAGCAAGAACGGGCAAGAGCCGGUGACAUCGGCGCAAAUGCCAAAGGCACAUGUCGAGCCAACUGUGGGCAGAAAGCAUGAGCCAGUGGCAACACAACAGCCGCCCACACUCAAGGUGGUUGCCUCGGCGCAGGUGCAAGCGGCCACACGUAAAAUGCCCGCAGCAGCAGCGGCUGCGGCAGCUGCUGCCGCCGCGGCAGCACUCAAUGAAAUUGGCGAAAAUAUCGAGGAUGGCGACAAUAGUCUACUCUGCUUGGACAGUCUCUGCAAGAGCAUACAGAUGCACACGGAUGCCACAGGUGGCGGUAGCGGUGGCAGUGGCAGCAGCAGCGCUGGCAGUCUGCCAGCCGAUCUGAGCAGCUACAGCAAGGAGGAAAUGAUGCAGGAUUUUGCCGAAUUCUUGGGCAGCUAUACACGCGAGCAGGAUCAAAAGCGUUGGAUUAAUGAAACGUUAAACUUCAUUGAGGGCAAGCCGCAACAGCCGCAAACGGCAAACCCCAAGAAGGCAGCUAAAAAAGCCAAGCAAAAGCAGCGCAAGGAGGAGGAGAAACGGAUCAGGGAGCUGGAGGAUUUGCGCAGUCAAUUCCUCGAUAUCUACUUCAAGGAGUUCAUUGAUAAAUAUGAGAUGAGAACCUUAACGGCUGCUGGCGGCCGCAAGCGCGAAAAGAAACGAAUUUCCGAACUGGAGGCCAAUAUUAAGAACCUGCAGCGAGCGAAGGGCAAAGUAGAGACGACCAUAUUGGAGCUAAUUGCAACCGUCAAGCAGGCGAACAACGAAUUUAAAUUCUCUUACCUGCCCACCAAGGAGCAGCAAUUGGCCAAGCUGGCCCAACUCGAUGAGAUUUUAAAAGGCGGCCUGGGGCUGCCACAGCUGGAGACGUUACCACAGCCGCCAGCACCGGUUGCGGCUGGGCCGGCAGCUAAUUCGCAUUAUCCCAACUUUAUCAGCUCUGCCGCCUUCUUUCCACCACACCUUGGGGCGCCACAUACACCCAUGUGCUAUGCGCCGCCCCAGCCGCCGCAACAGCAGCAGCAGCAAUUGCCACGGGAUGUGAUCGCCGCCAUGGCGGCCAAUGCCAUAACCGCUGAUCCAUCCAAACGCAUCGUCACAAUACGACGUGUGCAGCUGCCGCACGCUGGCGGCGAGCAGCAGGUGACGGUCGUGGCUAAGGGCAGUUCGCCGGAUGAGGACAAGUUGCUCUACACAUUUGUCAAUGGUCAUAUGGUGGCCUCAACGCAGCCAACGGCAAAGAACUCAGCACCGGUGGCGCCGCCUGUGAUCGAGAAGAGCGCCAAGGCCAAGAAAAAGGAGGCUAAACGGGCAGCAGCAGCAGCAGCAGCGGCCGAGGCAGCAGCAACUGCUGCAGCUGCCGCCGCAACCGCCGCUGCUGCUGCGGCUGCUGCUGCUGAGCUGGAGGCAAAAACAAAGAACAAAAAGCAUAACAAAAAGGCAGCGGCGGUGCAACCACCACCUAUCGUAUCCAGUUCCAGCUCGGGCACUAGCUCCAAGUCGCAGACGCCGCAAAGCAGCGCCGUCAACACUCGCGAGAACUCCGUGUGCAGCAUUAAGCCGAAGGUCAACAAGAAGGCGGCGUCCAAGAAUGCCAACAAAAUUGUGGCCGAAGCGCCACCACCCAAACCGGAGCCUGAGCCAGCGCCGGAGCCUGUAAAGAGGCACAAACGCUUGAAGCAGCGACUCGAUCAGGGUCAAUUGGACAACAAUCCGUUCAAGUCGCUGCAUGUGCUCGACUCCUCGGAUGGCGAGUGGGAAACCGGCAGCGAGUCGGAGGUGUGUGUUGAGCCUGCGCCAGCAAAAUUACAGCACAAGAUAAGCAUUGCGCCCAAGCCAGCGGCAGCUAUGCCCAAUUCCAAACAGAAGCCGGUGGCAACAGCGGCGCCCAUCAAGAAGUCCAAAAACGAGGCACCGCGAGCGCAAGCUCCUCAGCAGCAGCAGCAGCAGCCGACCAAACCCACGUCAGCUUCUGCUGCCAAUCAGCGCAAGGCGACGUCCCAGCAGCCGCAGCAGCAGCAGCAGCAGCAACAGCCGGCGCAGGCUAAAAUUCCAUCGCACCGCUCGUCCGACUCGCAUUCGAAUGGCAGCACGCGUAAGUCAAAGUCCAGCCAUGGGCAAGCGCAGCCGCAGGUGCAGAGCGUCCAACCGGUUAACGGUAACGGGCAUCGCGGGUCCCAGUCGCGCGGCGGGCGUGGCAGUGGACGUUCGAAGGCAACCAAUGGCAGCCAGCAACAGCAACUGCCGCAUGCGAACAGCAAUAGCACUUGCUCCUCGAACGCCGCGGAUCAGAGCUCCGCCGGCGGUCAGACCUCAAAGCGUUCGCAGCGGGGCAAGCGCGGACAUCGUGGUCAGAAGCAGGGUAAAAUUUAUUACAAUUCAAUGAAGACGGCUAGCACUAAUCCCAAUCUCAAUCCGAAUCUGUAUGAUUUUCCAGAGGAUCUCUCGGGCAUACCCAAUCACAUGGGCUAUUUCAAUCCCAACGAAGUUGCCAUACCACCGCCGAUGCCGCCGCAUGCCGGCAGCUAUGCCAGCACGCUGACACAGCAAAUGCAGCAUCUGCGCAUUGGCAGCGGCUCAUCCAGCAAGCAGCAACAGCAGCAGAUGCAGCAACCCAACUGCAGCAUCAUGGACCAGUUGAAUCGUGGCGUUCAGGUGGAGCAUCUAUCACUGCCGCCGGGCAUAACGCUAACCAAGGUGGAUCCGGCCAAGAGCGAACAACUGCGCCAGAAGAGUGAAUCCAUACGCAAGCUCUCUAAGCCGCUCGCCGAGCAGCAGCAUCAUUCGCUGCAACAGCAACAGCAGCAGCAGGCACAUCUCAUGAACAGCUACUAUGCGGGCAAUGCGGCGGGCAUGGACACCGCCGGCGGCGUCAUUAUGGUGGAGGCCAAUCCACGCUCCAGUGCCCGCAACAACUGCCAACCCCUAGCUAUGCCGCCCAAUGGUAAUGGCAGUAUCAAUGUGGCUGCCGCAGCUGCGGCGGCCAGUGCCAGUGGCAAAUCGUCGAGACGACGUCGUCGCAAUCGUGGCAAGUCUGGCGGUAAUGGUGCUGGCACUGGUGUCGCCAGUCUUGGGCACAAGCAGCGUUCUGGCCCGGACAACCAGCAGCAGGCACAGCAUGCGCUCAGCUCGGCGCCCAUUAUGGAAGCCAGUGCUGGCGGCAACAUAAUAACGCUUCGCAAUCCCAUGUUCCAUCAGGGCGUCAACAAUGGGCCAGUGCCGAGUGGCAUCCUGUCCAAUCCCAACCCCAUUCCGCCAGCUAGGGCUUAUGGCGCAGGUCUGCCAAUUGCCGCAUCGAUGCCAAUGGAUCAACCGGCCGCGAUUAUUAAAAAUGAGAACGGCAUGUUCACCAUACGCAAUCCAGCGUUGCAUCAGGCUGUGACCAACGGUUUGGCCAUGGGUGGCUAUCGUCAGUUCGGCAGCAAUGUCAACUACUAUACGCCACAGGAGGCGGUGGCCGAGGCGGCGCGUGCCACACAGCAGAAGCUAUCGUCGCCACCAUUGGUUGUCACGCCCAGCAACACUGCCCAAGCUUCAAAUUCCGCACCAGUUCCAGUUGCUCCCACCAAUUUCUCAUACUUUUCCAGUGGCUCAGCCAGUGGCGGCGGCAGCAGCAAUAGCAGCAGCGGCAGUGGUGUUGGCGUCGGCGGCGGCGGCGGCAUGGUCGACACGCACAAUAAUAUCAGUAUUAGCUGCACAAAUGUUCCCAUGGCCAGUAGUCCGGGUCGUCUGGUGGGCGACGCGGCCGUCAUCGCCCGUCCGAAGCAGGCGCAGAAAUGUUUGUCCGCCAUUGGCAGCGAGCUAAAGCAGAAGACCAAAGACAACCACUCGUCCGCAUCGAGCCAAUGGUCCAGCUUUGGCCAGCCAACGUCGGAGUUUGGUGCCGGCCCAGCGGGCUCCACGCUUCAGGAGAAAUACCAACAGUCAAGCUAUUACAAUGGCUUCGAGGUAUUCCCCUCAUCCGUGUCAGCUGGUGGUGCCGGACCCAGCGGUGGACCUGGCGAUUGUCACAUGCAUCAUAACUGUGGCGAUGAUUCGCCGCCGCCAACCAUCACCGGUUUCAAUUCCUAUCUCGAGGGCAUACCCAACACGGGUGUCAUACGCUAUGACGAUGCGGCAUUCCUCAAGAAUUUGAUACCGGGCCAGCAUCUCAACAACGAGGUCUCCAUACACAACAUAUCGGAGUCCAACUUCACGCGCAACAAUACAUCGCCAUCGCCGCAUCAUGUGGAGAUAACAACCGUGUUUGGCAAUCGCAACUGCUCAGCGAACGCCUACGAACAGCAGCAGCAGCAAUCGCAGGCGAACAGCUACUGCGACAAUGUGGCCGCUGACUAUGGCAGUGAUUCCACCCACCUGUUUGUGCAAGGCAACAUACUGCCACGCUUGUCACAGCCGCCGCCGACAUCGACGCAGGAUCCCUUUGGCUAUGACUUUGAGUCGGCGGCUGGCUCAAAGCCCGCCAGUGUGGCCAGCGAUCUGAAUGAGUUCUUGCGGCGCAGUCCGCACAGCCAGCGCACCUCGCCCUACAGUCCCGACGAGAAUGUGGCACUCGAAGCAUUUGUGCAAAACAUGAACGCGCUCCAGAUAGCCAGCGAUGCGGAGCAAUGUGCACGCCUGAAUGGAAAUGCAGCUUCCGCCGGAGAUGCGGCUGUAGCAGAUGCAGCUGCGGGCGGUGGUGGAGUUGGUGCUACUUGGUGGUAAAGUGGCUAUGACCAUGACAGCUGUUGCUUCAAUGUCAACAACAUAAGUACACACACACACAUACACACACUCACACACCGAUCCUUCACAUACAUCCGCCGUAACGCAAACAUUUCAUUGAUAAGGCAAAAAAAAAAAAAA